AUGGCGCUCACGCUUAGUUCGCUUUUAACAAAUGUGAAAUCGGCCUUUGAAAACAACUCAGGUGCCAUAAAAAACACCACAGUCGCCUUGCUGGUGUUUGGCCUGAAUGCCGUCGUACAGAGUGAAGGUUUUUUCCAGUGUCCUCCAGACAACUUUGUUUUCUACGCCAGCUGUUUCUUCAUCAUUCCUGCUUUGUCUUUGUUUAUGGCGACGAUUUUUCUUCACAGCGAAUUUUGGGACCAUGUUCGUGGAUGCUGUUAUUACGAAGGUCCGUACAAGCGAGGAGGAAAACGGUACUGCUGUUGUUUGUUUCCAAGAUGGCCUUGCAGCAAAGCUCUUGUGGAAAUCGUAUUCCAAAGUUCUCUGUCUGGGUUCAUAUGGAUUUUCUGGGCGCUCUUGCAGCGUGACUAUUACAUCUGCGCCGCUCUCGGAGGAACGAAAGCAGCUAAAUUAAUCAGUGCCUCAGCCGCGCAAAAGUUACAAAUCGAAGCAGAUUACGCGAACGCGGGAAAAAAUUCACAGACGGCAGCGUUACUCUUGCUAGCUGGAGCGUUACUUACAGCUUUCGUUGUUGUUUCAGUUCAGCGAUGCUGUUAUCAGCGUGAGUUUGGCACUUUACCGAGUCCGUACCAGUAUAAGAAGCUC